UCAAAAGAGGUUUCGAGGGAGGGAAUUAAAUUGGGUUGCUUUAGGGUUUAGAGUCUCAAACGGUAACAGAGAGAAGUGAGAAAUACAAAGAGAGUGCGAAGAGAGUGAGACUGAGGAAUAGUUUGAUCUUGUUGCCACUGCGAGAUGGUUGUGCCAUUGCGAAAUGUUUCUAGAUAUCUGAAUCGGAAAGUAGAUGUCAUUGGCGUUGUUAUGGAAACCACAUUUGCCAAGAAAACAAAGGGCACGGAUUUUUGUUGUUCCCUCAGAAUAAUUGAUGAAACACAUCAUUCUUUCAGCAUGGCUGCCAAUGUUUUUGCCACAAAUACUGAAAGUCUUCCACUUGUGACUGCAGUUGGGGAUAUAAUUAAACUUUCUCUUGUAGUGGUAGGAACCUUCAACGGAGAAGUAAAUGUUACUUAUAGGAAAAAUAUUUCAUCAUUUGCUUUAUACAAAGGCAAAGAUGGUGAUAUUUUAGACCCCUAUCAAGUUUCUCCUAAUUUUUUUCUCAGAGAUGAAGACAAGAUAAUAAUAGAUAAGCUGAGAAAAUGGCUGGUUAAUUUCCAGCUCUGUGAAGAUUCCAGCAAAUUUCCUAUGUUAAGAGAACUCAAAGAAGAAACUUUUAUUAAUUUGGCAUGCAAGAUCCUUCAUCAUAGUGAGGCUGCGAAAGAUGAACGGUUGAUGUUUGUCUGGGAUGGUACUGAUACCCAACCAAAUGGUAUAUGUUCAAACAUAGAAGACGAACUUAACCAUCCACUCCCUUUACAAUUGGAACCUUUGUCCUUGUCAAGAGCGAUUUUAUGUACUCUGCCAACUGUUGGAUCUAUCCUUAGAAUAGUUUUUGAAAAAGAUGUUCAGAAUAGUCAUUUUCACCUUCUAACCAUUGGUAAUUGGGUUAAAAUUACCUAUUUGCGUCUUAAGUUGUACGGUGGAUUGUGGCAUGGAGUUUUUACCCUUCAAACAAAGGUUCGGUAUAUAUCAAAAGAAGAUCAACUUAUUGUUGAACGCCAAAGGAUGGCUGAUGAGAGAAUGGCUGAUUUGAACUUUCCUGAACCUUUACCAAUUACAGCAGUCAAUCAUUGUAAUCAUGUGACACCGAAUACUUUAAUGAGUGUCCUCACUCAUUCAGAGGUGGUGGCUAUAUUUAAAUGUAUUGUUCGGGUGGUAGCAAUAAUACCAUUUGCAAAGAUAUGCUCUUCUACCGGAAAUUACAGUAUGCGGCUAACAUUAGAGGAUUCAACGGCUAGAAUCCAUGCUAAUGUAAUGGAAGAAGAUGUGGUGACCCUUUUUGAUGGUUAUCCUGACGUUUUAAAGUUGAUUAAGAACCUGAACAGAUUACUUGGAGUGUCUGAAGGAAAUUGUCGUAUUGGUGGGGAAAAAGAUACUACAAGAAAUCCACCUUGGGUUUGUGUUUGUCUCAAGUCAUACUAUCUCUCCGAAGAUGAUAUCUGGGGCACUAGAAAUUUCAGAGUAUUUGACACCAAAAUACUGGAAGAUACAUCAUAGAAUGGAUAUGUUGUUAUGAAUCCUGUUUUUUGCUUCCUUUUGAAGGAAUACGUGGGGAAACCAGAGGAUAUCCUAGGAGAUUCAAACUAUAUUUUGUAUAGAAAGAUGAAAUGACUGACCAUGUGUAUAGAAAGCCUGGAAACCCUUUUUUAGUAAUCUUCCAGGCUGUAUUUUUGAUGUGAAUAUUUAAGUAUGUAAAAUGUACAAAUUAAUGAUGUUAACAAGUAUAUAGCUAUAUCAUUAUUACUGCUAGAGCGAUAUUCUUGACCUGCGUGCCUAGCUGAUUUUUCCUCUCCAGAUUAA